AGACCAACAAGAAGACUCACGACUUUCAUCAUCACCUUCUCUUCUAACAAAAUCUUUUUUUUUUCUCUCUCUAAAGUAAUCAUGGCUUCACCUUUGCUUGGUCCACCGGAGCUUCAAGACUCCAACUCUCCCCUCCCAGCCUCUGGUCCCAGCGAUCCAUUCAUGGACCUCAUGGUCUCUAACUUCAACAAGUCAACCAAAGUCAAAGUCUCCCCUUCUCCUCCCAUGGGCCUGACCGAGAACGGAGCCGCGACCUACCUAUCCGCAGGUAACCCUUGCCUCGACUUCUUCUUCCACGUCGUUCCCAGCACUCCCAAGGAAUCGAUAGAGCAGAGACUCUCCACGGCUUGGAGCCACGACGCUUUGACCACUCUCAAGCUUAUCUGCAACCUUCGCGGAGUCCGCGGUACCGGAAAGUCAGACAAGGAAGGGUUUUACACGGCGGCGCUGUGGCUACACGGUUGCCACCCCAAAACCCUAGCGUGCAACCUCGACUCUUUAUCAAAAUUUGGAUACUUUAAAGACUUUCCGGAGAUUCUUUAUAGGAUCCUGCAAGGGUUUGAGAUCCGUAGGGUCCAGAAGUCGGAAUGGCAACAGAGGAAAGGUCGUCGUUCUGGGCCCCGAUCUGGAGGUGGUAGAGGUAGAGCAAGAGCUCCUUUCUAUAUUGAUUUGUCGAGAUCCUCUCAUAAGGGUCGUGGACGUAAGAAGCCGGCGGCGACGAGGGAGAUGAGGAUAGCUAAUGCUGAGAAGAGGAACCAAGAAAAGAAGGAGAAAGCUAGCUUGGACCGCAAGCUUGAGAAGAUAUCAAUGGGGAAGAAAGCUUUCACCAGAUACUCUCAAGAUCCGGACUACCGUUUCCUCCACGAACGCGUCUCCGAUCUAUUCGCUGAUUACUUGAAGAAAGAUCUCGAGUUCUUGACGUCAGGGGAAACGAACAAGAUCUCUUUAGCUGCUAAGUGGUGUCCUUCCCUCGACUCUUCCUUCGACAAAGCGACUCUUCUCUGCGAGAGCAUCGCUAGAAGAAUAUUCCCUCGCGAAUCUUUCCCGGAGUACGAAGGCGUGGAGGAAGCUCACUACGCUUACAGAGUGCGUGAUCGCUUAAGGAAGCAAGUCCUCGUCCCUUUACGAAAGACUCUGCAGCUCCCAGAGGUUUACAUGGGAGCUAAAGAAUGGGGCUCUCUCCCUUACAACAGAGUAGCAUCCGUGGCGAUGAAGUCUUACAAGGAGAUAUUCUUAAACCACGACGCGGAGAGGUUUCAGAAGUAUCUCCAAGACGCGAGAGAAGGGAAGACAAAGAUCGCCGCCGGCGCCGUGUUACCUCACGAGAUCAUCGGCGAGCUGGAAGGAGGAGACGGCGGACAAGUCGCCGAGCUGCAGUGGAAACGAAUGGUGGACGAUCUGAAGAAGAAAGGCUCGCUGACGAGGUGCAUCGCGAUCUCCGACGUCUCGGGGUCCAUGGCCGGCGAUCCGAUGGAGGUUUCCGUCGCGCUGGGGCUUCUCAUCUCGGAGCUGACGGAGGAGCCGUGGAGAGGGAAGAUGAUAACGUUCAGCGGCGAUCCUGAACUUCAGGUUGUUGAAGGAGACGAUCUGAGAUCGAAGACGAAGUUCGUGAGGAGGAUGAAGUGGGGGAUGAACACUGAUUUUCAGAAGGUGUUUGAUUUGAUUCUGAAAGUUGCCGUCGAUGGGAGGUUGAAGCCGGAGGAGAUGAUCAAGAGAGUGUUCGUGUUCAGCGACAUGGAGUUCGACCAAGCCGCGUCCUCGUCUUCGGUGUCUUAUUAUGGUACGAGGCAAACGUAUGAUACAAGAGAUGCGAACACGUGGGAGACUGACUACGAGGCGAUUGCUAGAAAGUAUAGGGAGGCAGGGUACGGGGACGUUGUACCGGAGAUAGUGUUUUGGUACCUGAGGGACUCGAGUUCGACCCCGGUGAAUGGGAGCAAGAAGGGAGUGGCGUUGGUGAGUGGGUUUUCGAAGAAUCUGAUCAAGAUGUUUUUGGAUAAUGAUGGAGGUAUCGAUCCCAUGGCUAUUAUGGAGGAUGCUAUAUCAAAGGAAGAGUAUAGCAAGCUUGUCGUUGUUGAUUGAAUAGAUUCAUGCUUUUGGGUUUUUGAUGUUUGCUGAAUAAAAUUGUUGAUU